AUGGAAAUAACAACAGCAGCAACAACAAAGAUAGCAGCAGCAACAACAACAGAGAUAGCAGCAGCAGCUACAAUAGAAAUAGCAGCAACGACAACAACCAAAACCACCACCACUAUAACUACAAACACAAUAAUAUCCAAAUCCAAUUUGUUAAUAAAUGGUGAUGCAGAGACCGGACCAUGUGAAUUAGGUAAAAAUGUAACACAUCCAACAGGUUGGAUGUAUGAUGGACCGAUCACACAAGUACGUUAUAAUAACACCGCUGCCGAUCAGUUUUUCACGAGCCCAGGACCUAGCGAUCGUGGUAAUUGUUAUUUCUAUGGUCAUAUUUCAGCUGUUACUUCAAUGUGGCAAUAUAUAAACAUGACAAACUCAAUUGAUCCUAUUCUUAUUGAUAAUCAAAGAGUUUAUUUCAAUUUCUCAGCAUGGAUUGGUGGUUAUGCAUUUCAUAAUGAUAAUGCUCAAGUUUCAUUGGCGUUCAUAGAUCAGGCUAAUCAAAACAUCAAUAGUAACAUUACUCUUGGACCAGUAUCCGCUGGAGAUCGUGGAAGUGUAACUUCAUUACUUUUUCGACAAGCUAAUGGACUUGUACCAAUUGGCGCUCGGUCUUGCAAAGAAAAGAUUCAUAAUAUACUUCAAACUGAUGUUGGUAAUGGUGAUAUCAAUCAAUCUUCUCUUUACAAAGAUCUGUUGAAAAACAUUAAAUACCAUGAUGUGUGUUUUAAUUUUGGCAUAAAAUAUCCACAGAAAACCGGUGAAUGUAAUGUUGAUGUGAUUGUUGGUCGAUAUUUAAAAGAAGAUAAUUCAACAAUCUAUACCGUUGCAAAUGUAACAGUCGGUGUUAUAUCGAUCGAUAUCAAAACUAAUAAACGUCAAUUCAUGGUUAAUUUAUCUGCAACACAAGAUAAUCAUAUGCUACGUACAUUGAACUUUCGUUUAAAAAAAAUAACACCAUUGACUAUGUCAUCUGUUCAAAUAAAUAAUAUUGAGAUGGAUUUUUUCGAUUCUGGAACCGAUAUUCUAGCAACAACAGGUGUUGGUCCACAUAUCAGUUUUCUUGUUAGAUCAGAUCAUCGUCAACAGAUAUUUAUCGAGCAUCGAAGUUCGACUAAUAUCCCAUCUAUUAUCGAUUUGAAUACUGUUUGUACAUGUUUUGACAAUGUUGCUAAACAGGUCGCUAUUUAUUUACCAACAUCAAACCUGUGUAUAUAUUGGGAGACAUCAGUAAUAAUGCAAAUAUCACGAAUGGAUGUUGGUACUACUAAUAUUCAUCAACCAUCAUUUUAUAAAGAUGUAUUAAAAAAUAUUAAAUAUUAUGACGUCUGUUUUAAUCUUCGUACACAAGAACCAGAGCUGACAGUGAAAAGUAAAGAAGAAAUUGAUUUUCUUACUGCAGCUAUCAAUUAUUUUUGUUCGCGUGCUCUACUUUUUGGUGCAUAUGAAAUAAAAAAUAAUGAUGCAAAUGAAAUGCUUCAAAUGGCAAAAAAAUUAAAUUUAGCACCACAACAAGACGAAAUUGGAACUCUUCGUAAUAAUAUACACAAUCUUGAAUUAAUCGUCCAACACCAGCAAACCACCAUCGAUUCGCUUGUAUCAACACUAAAUCAAAAAAAUAAAACAAUUGACGAUCUUAAAAUACAACUGAAAAAAAUUAAACAAUAUUUUGAUAAAUUUCAUUUUAUAUUUUGUUAA